CGUUACAUAUUAACUGAGGAAUGACAAAAUUAUCUGUCUUCUUUGGAUCCAUGGAUACAUUUAGGUCAUGUUAUUAGUAGACUGUCACAGAGAAAUAACCACAAUUAAGAUCUCUCAGAACACACAGAACUUAGAUUUUAUUAACGUUUUCAGGAUAUCUGGUUCAACAGCAGUUGAAAUGAGGGCAGAGGAGCAAUAUCAGAACCUUACAGAUGAAGAGUUAGUUGAGAAUGGUGAGACAAUCUUGGAUACAAAAUCGCAGGACAACAAUGUCUACAUGGUAGUAAAUUCUGGCAGAUCUCAACACACAGGCCGUGAACGGAGUGUACUCAGAGCACUGGUAGCAGUGUUAGGUCUACUGAGUGUUCUUCUGCUGGCUGGCAAUAUUGCGCUUUUGACCCAGAAGCCUGGAACACUGGGAGCACACCCACUGCUAUCCAAAAAUGGUGGCCAAGAUAUGCAGGAUCAGACAUUUUGUUUUGCCAAGCACACUGACACGGAUUAUGUCAAGAUAAUACCAAACUAUACAGAGCCCCUUGUCCAUCUGAGUUUAUGCAUGAAGUACAAGACCAAGUAUCUCCGAAAAGAGCAGUCUCUGUUCUCUCUUGCCAACCAUCACUACCAAAAUGCUUUCUUGCUGUUCAUCGAAAAAACAGGAAAGUUUUCAUUAUCUGUCAAUAAUGAACAUAGGCUCACAAACAUCUUCAGUCUAGUUAAUCAGUGGAACUCCGUGUGUGCAAGCUGGAGCAGCUGUGGUGGCGAAUCAUAUUUAUGGCUGAAUGGACAGAAGUUUUUCCUCGGACAAAUCGCCCAAGGUCAAACCAUACAGAGCGAAUCCAUAGCAAUGUUAGGUCAAGAACAAGAUAGCCAUGGCGGCCAUUUGGACCUUACACAGUGCUUUGUAGGAGUGGUCAGUGAUGUUUAUCUUUGGGGAUAUGGGACGACAAUUCCUCUUGUCACAGACUUCAUGCAGAGGAAGCUGUCAUCAAAUUUCAAUGAUUUUUUGAUUAACUGGACAGCAUUAAACUACACCCUGUCUGGAGACGUCUCUGUGAUGUCCAGAGCAUCUACAUGCACUGAAACAUAAUGAACUACCACUAGGUCCACUAGCCAACUAAUUGGCUGACUUGAAUUGGCUGCCUGUCUAGAUAAUGCAGUGUAUAAUAAAUAAUGGGAUUUUGA